AAGGCGCAAACUACUAUUGGACCGGCGAAAAUCUUACUAAUUUUUAGUUAUUUCGUAUAUCGUGUAUUGACAAUUGGAAUUAAAAUAAAUUUUCAAAAUAACAAUGCAGUCUUUGCAAAAGUAUUGCGGUUCGCCCAACAAAUUGGUUGAGCUCAGCCUCAAUAUGCACUUGCGCGCAAAACUCGCUAAGGAUAGCUUACGAUGGGGCUGCCUAAAUGUGGUGCUACUUGCCAUACUGUUAUUUGAUAUUUCUAACCGUUGUCCAUUUGCACACUCGAAAUGGUAUUAUGCAGAGUAUAUUGCGGCUGUGCUAACGGGACUUGGUGCAUUCUCCAGUUUCCUCAAAUACUUUCUGUUCAUAUUCCGAAAAAAUCCGAUAUUAGGCACCAAAGAACAGAAAAAUCUACUUAAAUUUGAUGAGCUCGAUUCGUCAUUUCUUGUAACCCCACCGUCACAAAGCAAGAAGAAAGCAUGCGAUGAUUUGGCCCCUAAUCAAAUAAACAACACAUUGUUAAGCUGGCACUCAUCUUUCAAUGAUUCGCGCGCUGGUAUGUCUCACAAUUGGAGCUACAGUCGCACAACACCACCUCGCGGCAGCUUCAGUCCACAACAGCAGCAACAACCACACAAUACUUCCUGGAACUCUAUGGGCAAUCGUUCGUUGGUUAUGAGCGGCAACAACAGUGCUAUGAACAAUACCAAUUCCCUCAUGGAGUCGUACCCCAAAUACAAACGCGAGGAGCUGAUAACUGACGAGGAGAGCCUAAAAAAUUAUUUAAAAGAGUUUUCGAUACACGAACAAAGCAUGAAUGAUACAGCAGAUGUGAGUCAACAUUAUAAUACCGGUUCAGUAAACUCCUUCUGGAACUAUUGCAACACAGCAGCUAAUAUGCUUAAGACAUCCAUAUACCAACUGUCCCCUUUGACGAAUCCUGCCACACCCAGUAAACAAUCAGCAACUGAAGACGGUGGUCUUAAAUUCAUGGAUAGCAACUCGGAAGUUAUUAGACGCAUCUCCUCCGAAAAAUUAUCACAAUAUGUAGCCAAUUUGAGAAGGUGGAUGUCUGCAACUAUUCUGGAGCGUUUAUCAAUAGAAAUCAAAAAGAUCGAUGAAUCAUUUAAAAAUCGUGGAUUUGCUGAUAUGCGUAUGGGUGGCAUUAGUUUGGAACGCCUUAAGAAAACAGUUGAAAAUCAACAAUUUGUGAAUCAGUACAUGCCAAUGUUGCCUUUGAUUCUGCCGUUUUUGGAAAUGUCGAGCAAUCAAGAGUAUUUGGUUCAGCGUAUUAAGGAUUUGGCAGAAGGUUCAUGCAUCUCGGACUACCGUUGGAACUCGGGCGCUGCCUAUCACGGUUUGAAAUGGGAUGAGCAUCUACCCACCGACUCAGCGAUAUUAUUCCAUCUAUUUUGCGUUUACAUGGACAGUCAACUCAUGCCUUUACCACAAGGUGGUGGUCGUCCCUUCUUCAGUCGCUAUGUGAUAAUGGGCAAAGAGAAGCGCUCAGCAAAAGAAACUCUGGCGCUCGUCAAAAAUAAAGCUCAUUGCGCUAUACUCUGCACGAAUCCGCAGAAACCACGUUUCAACUUUAUAAGCGACAAGGAAAUCCAUACAUGCGCCUACGACCGCAAUAAUCUCUUUUACGUGAUCAUACAAUUUUUAAUCCACAUGAAAACCCAUCAUGAAGGCGCAUUGGAAGGUGUCAACCUGGGCAAAAGUGGCAUAAAUAUUUUAUGCGUCAUUGAAAGCUGAACCAGCGUGUAACUGAAGUAAUUUCUUUGCCUUCUUCAAAUUUUACAUACACACACAUGUAGUUAGCGUUGUAACACCCUUUUUUAUUACUGAUUGGCCAAUUAAGACUUGACAAGCGUGUAGAAUGAAAUUCUCAUUAGACAAAACAAUACACGAUACUGCUUUACACUUACAAUAUUAAUAUUAAGUAAAUUUAGCGUAGAUUGAAUGAAGCGCAGAACUUUUAAUCGCCAAGUUCUUAUGAUUUUAAAAGCGUAUAAAUUAGAAAGUGUUUCUAUGCGACUAAAAAUACAAUAAAUUGUUAAAAGUGCGAACAGACAUAAACCCCAACCGUACCCUUACACAUACAUACUUACAUACUCACACCCACACGCAAAACGCAACACACAGAGAGAGUGGCAAUAAUUUUGCGCGUAGUUUUCGCGUAAACUUUUAAUUAAAGGGAUUUACUGAUUUAUAUCGCAAAUCCAUGGUACAUUCCUUUGGACAUUAAUCGUUUUUGUGCUGUGGAUUUAUCGUGUCACAGGAGUGAUUUGUGGCUGAAAUACAGCGUGCUACAGCAGCGCCGCCGGCUGCACACAACACACAUACACAUGCACGUAUAGCAAGUGAAAAUACAUAUGCAGCUGCUGUGGCAGGAAUGUGAACGACAAAUCUGCUCAAGUUAUCACAGGGCUUGGCGACAGCCGGCAAGCACACAUACCGCUAAUUAAAAGAGAAGAACAUAAUAGCAACACUCCUGGGUACCCAUCAAUUUUAACGCACUUACAUGUACUUUACUGACUGAACUGACUGCACCGAAAAUCGUUAUAAACUCGUUUUAUAGGUUAUGUAGAAAAAAUAUAUUUACAAAUUUACGCUUUUAUGUAUUUGCCAAUUAUUUUUUAUUUAUGCGAUAAUAUAAAUAAUACAACUAACUACUCCUAAGUUACUAUAAUUUAAUGAGUUACAGUAAUUAAAAAUAAUUUAAUUACUUAGAUUUGGUUUA